AUGUCCACUUUCGGCUGUUCCUCAGAGCCUGGAAGUAAAGAGUUCGUAGCCAGCAAGAGCAACGGCAGAGGCCAAGGUGUUCCAGGAGCUCCCACCGAACCCAAAUCUAUGCGUGGAGCCCAAGUUAUGCGUGACCCUCAAGCACAGGAUCAAAGAUCCGAUGUAGGACAUUUCAGUGGCGGUGGAGGGCAAGAAAGAACGCCAAAUACCGGUGCUCUAAAGGCUCCCUCUCCGCCUGUGUCGAACUUUACAACAGGAUCCAGCCUAGGAGAGCAGUCCUCGGAAGGUGCUGUCACACCUCCCGAUGAUUUGAAUGUUGUGGCGCUAUCAUCGGCAAAAUAUAUUCGCAACUGGAGAAUUCCUCCAAACCCAAAGGUCAAUCAGGUCUCCUCCGAUAAGGAAGAUCGGAACGUGUAUGCAGAUCAAACGAAGUCCAGAGCACAGAUUGCAGACGGCUGGAGAAGACCAGAGAAGGAGAACAAGGCAACACCGAAAGAACUCAAGGAGAAGGAGGAGCAAGUGAACCUUCCACGGUUGCCAGAAAGUCUUGACUUGAGUUUUGCGUACAAAGAUCAACCUUCUACUGGUUGGGUACUUGUACCUACCAGAACUCCGGUCGUUCCAAAUGAUACUCGAGGACAUCCAACCCGCUGGCCAGGGGUGCCAGCCAAAGUGCCUGCAUUUGGAUCUCUUCGCCCAGCGGAAGUAAGAGGGUUUCGAGAAAGAGCCAACGCACGGAUGAACGGAAGAGGGAUGACCUUUUGA